AUGCCGAGUUUAAGUAUUCCCAUGUCACCCCCUUCUUUACCGUCCGCUGUAAUGCAGGUUUUCACCCACUUCAUGGAGCAGCUCAAUGCUGCCAUGUACGCCGAGGGCAUGAGCAUUGUCAUCCUGAUGGACAAUGCGAGCAGCCACGUGCUCAAGUCAGAAGGGGCCAAGUCGGAGGACCUCUUUGGCUUCUGCACGUGCAAGCUCAGCAACAUCCGCAUCGUGUACAUGCCGCCGAACACCACCUGCUUCACCCAGCCCCUCGAUCAGGGAAUCAUUGCGACGGCGAAGGCGGGGUACCGUGCAUCUUGGUUGAGCACCUUCACUGCGCUCUGGACGGAGAACAGCGCAACGUCCGCGAUGGCUCGGUUCAAGCCGAACCUCCGCGACGUUCUGGCCUGGCUGUGUGACGCUCGGAUGAACAUCGAGCGUCGCACCAUUCAGCGCGGUGCCGCCAACACCGAGCUCGAUGAGGCAGUGGGCGACAUGGGGAUCCUCAUCGUUCGCCUCGGCAUUGGGUCGUCCGCGAUGCCGGCGGUGGACUUCGUGCGCAUCGACGACAACCAGCCGACGUGCACAGAGCCAGGCGAAGACCCGGUGGCGACUGAGCCACCGUCUGCACCAAGUGCCGAGAUGUGGGAGGCCCCGGCCAGCAUGCAAGCCGUCUACGACGACGGCAAUCCAGCCACCCGCGAAGCACGGUGCUACACACGCGCCGCAAGCGAGAUGCUCGUCGGCUACGAGAGGGCCACCGGCAUCAUGUCGCGUGACCUUUGCGCACUAUUCGACAUCCGCAACCCCAUCGUCAGUUGCAAAUGA